AGAUGCCUGGCGUUGAAGCAGCAAUUAUUGCCGAUGAUACCAGAAUCCUGGGUCAGGAUCCUUUGAUCCCCCCGGCUCUGCUCAUCUCUGAGAUCCCCAUGACUCCCAAUGCUCUCGAGACUGUCGUCAAGGGCCGGAGAGAAGCUGCCCGAAUCGUCAUGGGCCAGAACGACAGACUACUAGUCGUCGUUGGACCUUGCUCCAUCCACGAUCCCGAAGCUGCCCACGAGUACGCUGGCCGUCUCAAGCAGCUUUCCGACAAGCUCUCCGAUGACCUCUGCAUCGUGAUGCGCGCCUACCUGGAGAAGCCUCGUACGACCGUCGGCUGGAAAGGCCUGAUCAACGACCCUGAUAUCGACUCAUCCUUCCAGAUCAACAAGGGUCUGCGCGUUUCCCGCCAGCUCUUUGUUGACCUUACUUCCAACGGCAUGCCCAUUGCCACCGAGAUGCUCGACACAAUCUCCCCUCAGUUCCUUGCCGACUGCAUCUCCGUCGGUGCUAUUGGUGCGCGAACAACUGAGUCUCAGCUCCACCGUGAGCUUGCGUCUGGCCUUUCCUUCCCCGUGGGAUUCAAGAAUGGAACCGACGGCAGCCUUGGCGUCGCCAUUGAUGCCAUUGGCGCUGCCGCCGCUAAGCACCACUUCAUGGGCGUCACAAAACAGGGUCUUGCCGCCAUUACUCGCACCAAGGGCAACGAGCACGGUUUCGUUAUCCUGAGAGGCGGAAGCAAGGGCCCCAACUUCGACAAGGAGAGUGUCCAGGCGGCCAAGAAGAUGCUGACGGACAAGGGCCAGAAGCAGGCCAUCAUGAUUGACUGCUCUCACGGCAACUCCCAGAAGAACCACAACAACCAGCCCAAGGUUGCACAGGUCAUUGCCGAACAGCUGCGGGAGGGUGAGCGAGCCAUUGUUGGUGUCAUGAUCGAGUCCAACAUCAAUGAGGGCAACCAGAAGGUUCCUGCCGAGGGCCCCGCCGCCCUGAAGCGCGGCGUCAGCAUUACUGACGCAUGCAUCAACUGGGAGAACACUGUCACGGUUCUUGAGGACCUUGCCUCUGCUGUCCGCGCUCGCCGUGAGAUCAACUCAGGUGCCCCUAGCACAGAGGCCAAGGUGAGCACUCUGGAAGAGGAUUAAAAAUUGGAUGUGGGAGGAGAGGCCAUGUGUGUAAGAUGAGAGAAAAAAAAAGCAGAAGUUAAGUUUAUUGAUUUGGAAAUGUCACAACCCGCAAGUUUGCGCGCGAGUCGCGACUGGCUUCCUCCUGGCCAGCUAAAAGUUUCAAGGAGCCGCAUUCAAAAGUCGAGGGGGUUAAAACUAGCGCAUUGAAGGAGCAUACAAAAAACAUACGUUGUCCUCAGCCAUACGGUUGUGGUGUAUCUAGUUACUGGCGGCGUAUGACGCCCUUUUUUUUAGAAUAUGAGCGUCAAUUUUCU